CUGGCUCAUCUGCAGGGGGCAAGGGUUGCAGGUCAGGUGUGAGGGGCAUCAGCACGGCUGGCGGGGGCAGAGGUUGCGGGUUGGGAGUGAGGGGCACCGGCAGGCCCAGACCCGGGGGAGGCUAGGACCCAGCGUUGCCGUGGUACCCGGCUGCUGCCGUGGCAGCAGGCAGGGAUGCGGGGACUGCAGCAUCCUUCCAGCAGCGCCAUGGCCAGCCAGACUCAGGGCAUCCAGCAGCUACUCCAGGCCGAGAAGCGGGCGGCCGAGAAGGUGGCCGAGGCCCGAAAACGGAAGGCACGGCGGCUGCGGCAGGCCAAGGAGGAGGCCCAGGGCGAGAUUGAGCAGUACCGGCUGGAGCGUGAGCGCGACUUCCAGCAGAAGCAGCAGGCGGCGCUGGGCUCGCAGGGCCACGUGAGCGCAGAGGUGGAGGCGGGCACACGGCGCCGGGUGCAAGCUCUGCGCGGGGGCCAGGCCCAGGGCAAGGAGCGGGUGCUGCGGCGCCUGCUGGGCCUCGUCUGUGACCCCCGGCCCUGCCUGCACCCCAACCUGCGCGAGCCUGCCUAGGCCCCACCCCCAGGUGCAGGCCCUGCCCCAGCACCCAUCUGGCCUGCACCUGCUUGCCUAAGCCCUGCUGCCUUGGUACCAGCCCCCACCUGCCCACCUUGGACCAGCCAUGCCCCGCCCUGUACACUAGGCCCUGCUCUCACUAGCCCCACUCCUAGGUGCUAGGCCCUUCCCCCUGCAGUAGACCACAUGCCUUGGGGAGCCAGGCCCUGCCACCCUCACCCAGGCCCUGCCCGGUCUUGGAGGUUUGACCCUGGCCCUGUGCACUAUGCCCCACUGCAGCUGCACCUGUUCCUGCCUGGCUCCACCCACCUCCCAGGCCCUUCCCACUAUACUCCAAAUCCCACCUCCCUAAGGGGGCCUCAACUCCACCCACCACUGCCUGGCCACGCCCCCAUCCCCAUAAACCCUGCCCCUUUCUGUGCUGCUGCCUGUGACCUGCGACAAAUAAAUGGUGACCUGUGGUGGCCAAGUGGUUAUUGUGGGGCCCAGAUGCCUGGGUUCUCUCCAGCUCUGGCAGAGGGACGAGAGCAGGGGGGCUGGGAGCCCGAAUGCCGCCGUUCUCCCCCGACUCCAGAAUGCGGCCUGUGAGCCCUGGGGGCAGCCCCCAGCCCCAUGAAAGUUCACGACCAUCAUUUCUGACCUACGAGAUACCCUAUUGCCCCCUCCCAAGCAACCUGCUGACCACAGCGGGCAUCUGAAGCAAGAGGACCCCAGUCCACUGGGCCUGGACCUGGCCUGAGCCGACUUGCCUGGGUUCCUGGCCCUUGCCAGCCCCAAGGGGACCACAUCCUGCCACCGGGGGCUUCGUGGAACGGCCCAGACUUUUGCCCCCACCCCAAGGCUGCAUCUGACCCCCCUGGGAACACUCCCUGGCUUACCGGUAUUGGCAGGCUCGGUGCUGCCCUCUGCGGGUCAGGGCUAGAACGCACGUCGUAGGCAGGGAAAU